AUGGAUAUGCAUCCGAAAAAAGUGAUGUUGAGUGUCUGGUGGGGCAUGCGAGGAAUCAUCCAUUGGGAACUUCUUCCCAAUGGUUACACAAUCACAGCUGAUCUCUAUUGGGAACAACUGGAUCGUAUUGUCCAAAAACUCAAACGAAAACAAGAUCAAAUUUACUUCCUGCACGACAAUGCGAGACCACAUGUGGCAAAGUUGACUCGUGAAAGAUUAUUGCAGCUCGGUUGGAUCACCAUAUCCCACACACCUUAUUCGCCGGACUUGGCUCCCACUAACCAUCAUUUGUUUCGCUCUCUGUCCAACUACUUGAGCUACCUAAAAUCCGCUCUCGCAACUUUUUUCGAUCGGAAGUCCCCGGACUUCUAUGAGCAGGAGAUCUUUUGUCUUCGAGACCGUUGGCGUCAAGCUAUAGAAACAGAUGGUGCAUACAUAGAUGAAAACUAA